AUGAUAUUAUCAGUUUCAGAAGCUGCUGCAACACCGGAUACAAUUCAGUUUAAAUUAAUUUUGGAGGAAAACGUAAAGCACAUAUUAAAACAGGCUUUCCCAAACAUUGUACAUGCCCCUUUACCUGAACAACCUUUGAAAACGCUUAUUGAUGAUCAAGAUUAUGUGGAGAGAAAAAGACUUCAGAUAGAAAGAUUCCUAAAUAGGAUUACAAGCCGUGCAGAAUUAACAAGACAUGAAGACUUUCUUUAUUUUUUAUCUAAUGACAUGCCACUUACAAAAGUGGGUCCUAGUACAAGUACAGGUGUGCUGUCUUUCCUAAAAUUUAACAGAGUGAUCAUGAAAUCUAAAUCUGAUGGAGGUUUCAAGUCAUAUAAGCCAAUUGAGAUAAUUGAAGGAAAUGAACAAGACGUAUUUCAUAAACACCAAAUCUAUAUUUUAUUACAAGAAUCCUAUUUUGGUUUUAUAGCUGAAUCUUUAAAUCAGCUUGUGCAUGCUCGGGAAGUUUUAGGGGAUGAAUUAACACAAAUGGGGGACCUGAUUAUUGAAACAACACAAAGUAAAUAUAGACUUGGUAUAGGUUUGAAGUCACAUCUGAGGGAAUCGCAACGUUAUUUGGACAGAAAGAUGCAAAUGUUGGGUUUAUUAAUGGAUGAGUUGAGCUUUAUAUUUACGAGACAAGGUAAAGAAGAAUACAUGAGAUUUGGUGAUGUCAUGAUUGAGUAUAAAAACUCAUUUGAACCACUUAAGAUAGUCUUUAAUACAAGAAUAAUAAAAUUAAUGGAAUAUGUGGAUCAACUGAAGCUACGUAACAGAAAAAGAGAUAAAGCAGACAAAUUAAAGUUAAAAAUAGGCCUAAGUCAUCCAGAGUUAAAUCAAGCUAUAAAUGAAGAAAGAAAGGCAAGUCAAGCAUAA